AUGAUGGUGCUUUACCAAGGACCACGACUUCUGGACUUAAAAAAGACACCGCCACACCUGCAGUUCAAUAAAUAUGUCCUGACGGGUUACCGGCCUGUGUCCACCGCUCAGGAGUGCUUCAGGAGCCUCUUUUACAUGCACAAUGAGUUGGGAAACAUUUACACUCAUGGGAUUCCUUUCUUCCUCUUCUUGGUGCUGCUGCCUUUUAGUAUCCCCUGGAUGGAGGUGGACUGCACUUGGAUUUGUGUAGUCCACUACCUGGCCUGCCUCUGUCCCACCGUUGGCUCGGUGGUCUACCAUUUGUUUAUGAACCACAUAGGAGGAGAACAUGUGUACGACACCCUGCUCUCCCUGGACAUGUUUGGCGUCUGCCUAGUUAACACUCUGGGUGCCCUUCCCAUCAUUUACAUCACCCUCCUCUGUUACCCCAUCGUGCAACAGAUGGCCUUGCUGGUCUACGUGCUCCUGUCAGCCUAUGGAAUCUACUGCGCCACCACGGCCCGAACCAACGUGCUGCGCCUGCGGGCUUUCGUCUGGCAGGCUUUGUUCCGCUUCACCCUCUUCCUGUUCCGCGUUUAUGGCAGCGGGGUCGGCAGCCCAGACUCCCUACGACUGUUUGUCAUCAUGGACAGUCUUGCAGUGCUGGGAGGACUGGUCAACAUCAUCCAGAUCCCCGAGCGCUUCAGCCCAGGCCUGUUCGACAACUGGGGCAACAGCCACCAGAUAAUGCACGUCCUGGUCAUCUGCUCCAUUAUCUACCUCCACUGGGGAACUAUGGAGGACUUGGCCUGGAUCAAGACCUACCAGUGCCCCACUGAGUGA